AUGUCCUUCAAGGAAGCACUAGACACUGUAAAUGAAGUUGUAACGGUUCUUUCUAGCGUAGAAGACGAAGAAUCGUUGGACAGGCUUUCAAAUGAAUUCGACGAAAUUCACAAGCAACGCUCCCUUCAGCAAGAAGAUGUCAAAGCAACUAUACAAGGACUAACCAAGUUACUGGCCGAGAAAGAAGAAGAGGAGAGAUUGGCGAAAAUCGACGAAAAUUCAGGUGGAGUAGAGAGUCUACAGGAGGAAAAGAAAACAACGUUACAGCACAUCGAGAAAUUGGAGGUGGAUGUCAAAGUCUUCGAGAAAAACAUCACAGAGAAAGAAGAAGAAAUCAACGAGUUCAAGAAAAAAGCGACAGAGGUUGAAAGCAAAAAUGAAGAGGUUCUUCCUCAAGCGAAGUACAAUUUCAGCCUUUACAGUAACGUAAGCCAUAUAAGAUGGGAUUAUGAAUGUGAGGAUGACCUGGUAAAAGGAUUUGUUGCAAAUUUGAGUGAUGUAAAACCGUUUUGUUUGAGAAAAAGCGAGAAGUCCAACUAUGACAUUGCUAACUAUCUGUGGGAACUCAUGGAGGACUAA